AUGCCACUAAUUAAGGUUUCAGCGGUUUUGGUGCUGUGUGGUGUGAUCAUGUCUGGAAGAGCGCUGAUCGACUCCGAUGAUGUCAUAACCCGAGACGAGCAGAUCUACCUCCUGAUUGGUGCGCGGGCGAAGUGCGAGAGGAGCAUCCACGCCCAGCUGAACUUGCUACAAGAGGAAGACUGCGUGCCCGAGUGGGAUGGCAUCAUCUGCUGGCCAAGAGGGAAACACGGUCAGCUGGUGGCUGUGCUUUGUCCUGAGUACGUUUACGAUUUCAACCACCGAGGCUACGCCUACCGUAACUGUGAAGCCUCGGGGAACUGGGAGCAGGUGCCCAGCGUCAACCGAACCUGGGCCAAUUACACCGAGUGCACCUCCUACCUACGCUCCAACCAGGGCAGACAGGAGGAGGAAAUCUUCAGGAGGCUUCACCUGAUGUACACCACUGGUUACUCCAUCUCACUGGCGUCUUUACUGGUGGCCGUGUUCGUUCUUUGCUAUUUUAAGCGUCUUCACUGCACCCGUAACUACAUCCACACUCAUCUCUUCACCUCCUUCAUCUGCCGGGCAGUUAGCAUCUUCGUGAAGGAUGCCGUGCUGUACGCUAACACAGAGGCUAAAGCGGAGUAUGGAGCGGGAGCAGUGGGAGCCCAACCACACAUGGUCGGCUGUAAAGUGGCCGUGACUUUCUUCCUGUAUUUUUUGGCGACCAAUCACUACUGGAUCCUGGUUGAGGGGCUGUACCUGCACAGUCUGAUCUUCAUGGCCUUCCUGUCUGAUAGAAAUUACCUCUGGGCUUUAACCAUCAUAGGCUGGGGUGUUCCAGCUGUGUUCGUCUCAGUUUGGGUCAGCGUCCGCGCCUCUCUGGCCGACACGCAAUGUUGGGAUGUAAGUGCUGGGAACCUGAAGUGGAUUUACCAAGUUCCAAUUCUGGCAGCCAUUGUUGUGAACUUUUUCCUUUUCCUCAACAUUAUCAGGGUUUUGGCUUCUAAGCUGUGGGAGACCAACACAGGAAAACUGGACCCGAGGCAGCAGUACAGGAAGCUCCUGAAGUCGACGCUGGUGCUGAUGCCGCUGUUCGGCGUGCACUACAUGGUCUUCAUGGCUUUUCCGUACACAGAGGUGACCGGGCUGCUCUGGCAGAUCCAGAUGCACUACGAGAUGUUCUUCAAUUCGCUACAGGGCUUUUUUGUGGCCUUCAUCUACUGUUUCUGCAAUGGAGAGGUACAAGCAGAGGUGAAAAAGGCGUGGCUGAGGCGGAGCCUUGCUCUGGAUCUGAAACAAAAGGCGCGCGUGGCCAGCAGCGCCGGGGGCGGAAGCUGUUACUACGGCUGCACGACUUCACACGCCACCACACAAAGCAUCUGCCUGGGCGUUCAGGGGUCGGCGGCGUCUCGGGGCGGAGCCGUGGCGCUCAGGGGUCACACGCAACAUGCUAACCUGUCAGGGUACUCGCCCGGUGAUCCUGAGACCACGUUACCCACUAUGCAGCAGCCUGAGGUGAUCCUGAGACGGAACAAGGGAAGAGAAGAGGUGCAGGACGUAGAGAAUGAGGCGUCGCUUUACUUCGUACAUGAGGAUCAUUCCGGAUCGGCGUCUCUGAAAGAUCUGGAAACUAAUCUGUGA